AAAAAGCCGAUGUACUCGCCAGUUCAUGUCGUAGAUUGUUCUAGUCUUUGAACAGUUUGCACUCGCUGAAAAUUUCAUCAUGAGUUUCAAGGUAUUGAGCAUCUUGGCAUUGGUCGUCCUGGUUUGCGUCCUCACCACGACAGCCGAUCCAGCACCGGAGGAACAUGAGCGACCCUUGAUAUUUCUUUGCAUUGCAGCUACGGAAAUGGCCCACCACCACAAGAAAUCGGAACGCGGAUGGAAGAAGCAUGUUGCGGCUGAGAGACGCAUCGCCACCCAAACUCAUUACCACCACGCCAGGAAAAUGAAGGAAGAAAAUGAAUCCGUGAAGGAAACGGUGAAAACCAAAAGAGACGCCGACGACAAAGUCUUUCAGUUCAAUUUCGGCAAGUGGUGGAAAAACUUAAAACCCGCCAUCAAGGUAGCUGUUCCUCUUGAUCCCGCUGAUGGGGAACCCACUGUCCUAGCAACCAUCGAAGAUGUUGCUACCCUUGAGGCAGUUGAUCCAGCAGCUCCCGUUCCGGCCGAGGAACUUUCGAGCCAGGAAGAACUCGAGUCUGUUGUAGUGGAGGUGGUUGAUCCCGAUUCCCCUGCUGUGGGAGGCGAACUGGCUCCCGUUCCGCCUCCUCACCCAUGGUGGUGGUGGAGAACCGGAUGAGAUGGUGGAAUGACGAGGCCGCUAUCACAGUCGAGGCAAUUGCCAGCACCGUCGAAUCAUUUUUGUAAUCAUCAGUAUUCGAUGGUCGACUGAGUUAUGCGUUUCAUUUCGUUUGUUAUGAUUUUGAUGGCCAUCUAUGUAGGCCUACUACUUGCUUCUCUCAAUAUAUAAUCAAUUGCAUCAGAGAUAAGGAGGCUGUUCUUGUGUCUUUUUUUACUUCUUCCUGAUUUUAUAUUAACCGACUAAUGAACUCGGCUGUCUUUCUGCCUUUUCCCCCCUUGAGACCAUUGGACAGAUUGAUGACAUUUUUUCAGGGCGGAGGACAUGGGCACGGAGUUGGGCACGGAUAUGAAGAACAUGGGCACGAAGGAUAUGGUGGACAUGGUGGAAACUAUGGUGGAUACAACCAAGGAUACUACGGCGGCGGACAUCAUCAUCACUGAUCAUCACUCCCACGAAAUCCCAUUAAUUCCCGUUCGAAAUUCCCAUUUCAUUUUUCCCAUAGUCGCCAAUUAUGACUUUAAUCGCCUGUCCCGUUUAUACUCAGCACAAUUUCACCGCAAUGUGAUACCGAACGCGACAAUUUCUGAUAUUCAAAACUAUGCAAACGCACAUUGACCAAAUAAAUCAAAACAUUAUCACGUU